AUGGAGGUCGAGCCUGAUGGCAGGACGGAUGUGUCCUUGCGGCGAGAGCGUGCCGUCAUCGCCGCGCAAGCUUGUCAAACCUGUCGGAGCCGAAAAUCAAAAUGUGAUGAGCAAAGGCCCAAGUGUGGUCUCUGCAGGAGGCUCAGUGUUGACUGCGUCUACCGAGAACCUCAGCCUACAAAAAAGGACAAGACCAUGAUCUAUAUUCUCCAGACUCUGCAGCGUCUCGAGAACAAGUUUGAUACUCUCUACGUAUCGAAACCCUCGACUCCGGCAAGCAACACUGACUGGAGUGUUCCACAACCUGGCCCACGCCCUCCAGGAGUCAAUGGCAAUAUGGGUGCUGUCGGUUCCAGCGAAUCUCACAUGUCUCCAGAUAGCGAGGUACGCCCAGGGGCGCGUGUGGGCUCUCAAGCAUCCUCUCCCCCGGACAUGUUGCGCACUUAUCAACAUCUGACUGUGGCUUACAAAGUGUUGCUGUGGCCAUCGAUUUAUCUACAUAUUCUGAAUUCUGGAGUUGCCGUAGCCUCUGAUCUGCAAUAUGUGUUACAAGAAGGAACCCCUUGGUUCAUCCAUCUCGAAUUGCAGAAGCACCCGAAACCACUACCUUGGGACACAGACAUGCGAACAUAUCCGAUGCCUAGCAGUACUGGAGAGAUGAGAGCGGGGUUCGUAGGUUUGACGCCAGAAAACAUGCGAAGGAUGUGCGACGCUUACUUCAGUACCUUUAAUAUUCUCUUCCCCAUCCUUGACAGGCAAAUGUUCCUCGAAGAUGUUCUCGAACCCGUCUCGCGGAAUGGUUUUGCAGGCUGCGAUCCCCAAAGCUGCCUUGUUCUGCUUGUCUUGGCCCUUGGUCAGACAGCCAUCGAUGGCGUUUGUGGCUCACCCAUCAGCAUUGUCGAGGGCAACCCCAGCGGUCUACGAGGAGGUACAUCCGAGAGACCACCAGGUUUGAAUCUUUUCAAUGAGGCUCGAAGGUGCAUGGGCUUCAUCAUGCAUCAAUGUACUCUCGAAAAUGUGCAGAUCCAUCUGCUCGAAUCCGCAUACUAUGAAGCUUGUGCUCGACACAUGGAUUUCUGGCGAGCCACUGUCGCGGCAUCCGCGUCUUGUCAAAUUCUCAUCAAAUGUGAAUCUAUUGAUUGGUCUACGCCACGUGCAGAUCUCAUCAAGCGCGCCUACUGGGCGUGUAUGCUCAGCGAGGAUAUGUAUCAUCUUGAGUUGGACCUUUCACAAACGGGGAUUCACACCCUAGAAGACCAAGUCCCACUUCCUUACUUUCACGGCUCAGAAAGCAACUAUGGCAGUCCUCCGGACGGAAAAUCGCAUUUCCAAUACCACUUCCUUGCGAUGAUCGCAUUGCGUAGACUAGUGGCGCGAAUCCACGAGUCGAUACAUUGCUGUAACUCACCAUAUACAGCAUCCAACGCAACGGCCGAACUAUCUGAGGACUAUGGCGGCCCACCGGUGCAUGUCAUCAAGGAGCUAGCUCGACAGCUCGAGUCGUGGCGCUCACUACUGCCCCGACCUCUACAAUGGUCGGAUAACGACAAGACAGAAUUUCCGAACAUGGGGUCUGCAAGCAGGCAGAGCACAGAUUCGCUGUUCUCGAUGGACCAAGGAUCUGUUCCUAUCAACCACCGAAACAACUUGGACAUCAUGACAGCACAACUCCGGACACAGUUCUACUAUGCACGAUUCAUGAUUUACCGGCCGUUUGUUUACAAGGCGUUGCACUUCCCGGAGUUGAUGACGGAAGAGGACCAAAUAUGCUGUGCUCUGGCGAUACAGUCGGCAUGUCUAUGGCCACUGAUACUUGCGCCGCCCAAGAACAAGAAGCGACUGGUGCCGCACCUGUUCACAUGGACACAGAACUUUGUGGGGAUUUUGCUGAUACUGCGGAUGACGACGGAGAAUGAAUGUUUGAAGAAGAUAUGCAAUGAGAGGGUGAACAGAAAGGAUUUGGAGCAGACGACGACGUUGAUGUUGGAGUGGAUCCAGGACAUCAAGCAGGUAGACGGAAUUGCAGAAUGGAGCUGGAAGAUGCUGGGACCGCUGUAUUCGAGGCAUGGGUAG